AAAAAUAUGACGGAAUUCGAGUUUCUUAGAACAGUUUUAGGUCCUAAAUUUCUUCCAAUGAGUUUGGUAUUACCUUUAACUACCGUUUAUUUGGCGAUCUUUGUGUCAGGAAUUUUUGGUAAUAUAGCCACUUGCACGGUUAUAGCCAAAAAUUCAUCGAUGCAAACUUCUACAAAUUAUUAUCUCUUCAAUUUGGCUAUUUCCGAUUUGACUCUACUUAUACUCGGUCUGCCAAAUGAACUGAGUGUAUUUUGGCAACAAUACCCAUGGACUUUAGGAUUAACACUUUGCAAAAUCAGAGCAUACGUGUCCGAAAUGUCUUCUUACGUAUCAGUACUGACGAUAGUAGCUUUCUCCAUGGAAAGAUAUCUUGCCAUUUGUCAUCCCCUUCGAGUUUACACCAUGAGUGGAUUGAAAAGGCCAAUACGUUUUAUAUUUGCUGCAUGGUCUAUCGCUUUAAUAUCAGCGUUACCGUUCGCAAUUUAUACUAAAGUCAACUUUGUCGAGUAUCCUCCAGAUUCAGGCAAUUAUUCCACCGAAUCAGCGAUUUGUGCUAUACUCUCGACCAGUAUGCCAAAUUUUCCGCUUUACGAGAUAAGUUGCAUCGUAUUUUUUUUCUUACCGAUGCUCGUUAUCCUCGUUGUUUACACGAGAAUGGGAUUCGAAAUACAUAGGAGUACGAGACGCGUAAUAGGUCCGAUCGUUCACAGUUCGAUUCAUGGAGAAACGCGACAGGUUCAAUCAAGAAAAUCAACCAUCAGGAUGUUAAGUGCUGUAGUCGUGAUGUUCUUUUUAUGCUGGGCACCUUUUCACGCACAAAGAUUACUCUACGUUUAUGCAAAUGAUUCAGAUUAUUAUCCUGAUUUGAACGAAUGGCUUUAUAUAUUGAGCGGAUGUCUAUAUUAUUUUAGUACCACGGUUAAUCCGAUUUUAUAUAAUUUAAUGAGCGUAAAAUAUAGGGAUGCCUUUAAACAAACUAUUUGUUGCAAAAAGAAAGUUAGAAAAAGUUUGACCAUAACGGCACCACCCGAUCUUUGUCGAUGCGAAUCUUACGAAGAAGCACAUUUGCCACGUUUUAUGUGCUCUAUGAGGUAUACGUUCGGCCAAGCUAAAGAAGUAUUUCGAUUUACAUCAAAUCGAGAUCGAGUUGCACGAAAUAGAACUACGCGCGAUCGUUAUGGUGAAAUUCAGAAUAACACGAACAAGGAUUCUUCCAAAUCUUUUUUGAAUAACAACGGACAUCCUGUUGUUCAGGAACGAAGCAGUACAACAUCGGAGAGUACAACGUCAAAAAUGAUUGUGAAAGAAUCGAUCUCAACAGCUAGUAGUUCCGUUUGAUAAAUACUACACGAUCGUGUAUUUUUCAAUAAUUCGAUAAUAGGAGAUUUUAUUAUGAACUUACUGGAUGAAAAUAAUUCGGUGCUAAUUUUAUUUAUUCAAUAUUUUAAAUAUACGUUAAGAUAUGUUACCAUUUGCUUUUUAUUUUGAUUCUUUGUACAUUUUGUGUUAAUAAUUUACUGUUGGAAAUAUUUUUAAGUA